AUGAUACCUAAAAGAUCACCUUCGCCCGUCCCAUCUUCCCCUAUGACCCACCAACUACCUCCAAACCAUUUCUUAUCGCUUCAGCCGUCUUUCGCUCAACCGACUGUGGCGUUCCCCUCGGGUGUCCCUUCCACUUCGUCACACGAGUCUCAUGGUCAAGCUCCCAAUACCGCUUCGUUAGCUUCGGCCGAUUUCGAAGUCGAUGUUAGGACAGGAUUCUUACCCGGUUCGAAGAAUGUCGAGAGGUUGACGGGUAGAUACGAAGUUUGGGAAGAAGCGUUGGAUGCUGCGAAGGGCAGUCAACCUGCUUCGGGUCUGAUUAUAGGUGGUCAAAGGGAACAAGAGAAUCUGUGGAGGAAUGGUAUACAGAUAAUGCCUGUCGUCGAUACUGCCGAUCUUCUCGUCUCUUUACCACAUCUGCGACGAGCGCAUGUCGUUCUCACCUUCCUCGCUCAUUUCUACGUGCAUACCACCCCUGCAUCUACCUCAAGCUCUGUCCCGUCGACAAAGGAGCCCAUCCCUAUACCAGCAUGUAUCUCUGUCCCUCUGCUCACUGUCUCACCUCUCCUCGGUCUACCACCUGUCCUCACUUAUGCCGAUACCGUCUUAUGGAACUGCCUUCCUUCCAACCCAUCCAUCGCACCUAGUGCGUCUGUCAACCCACCCAGUGAGAUCAUCACCACAUUCACCGGAACAAGGAGCGAAGAGCAGUUCUAUCUCAUCUCAGCUCUGACUGAAAUAGCCGGUGCAGAGGCGUUGAGAUUGAUGAGACAAUCUUUAGAUGAAUUGUUCUUGGCUGAUGAGAAAGCUUUGAGAAGGUUGACGAUCUAUCUGAAGAAAUUAGCGAAUCAGAUUGAUAAAAUCAGCGAUAUCACCAUGACGUUGAUGAAGGAGGUUGACCCGGAGGAGUUCUAUCACCUGAUCAGACCGUGGUUUAGAGGUGGCGAUGGCGAUGGACCCAAUUCUGCAGGAUGGAAUUACCUAGGGUUGGACGAUACCACUUCGACGACAUCUGUAGCUGAAUCAAGUGACACUCAAGGUAAAAAAGGAAAAUUGUUCUCUGGACCUUCCGCCGGUCAAAGUUCGCUCAUCCAUGCGAUCGAUAUCUUCUUGACUGUCGAUCAUUCACCUACAGAACAGGAGAAAUUGGAAGCUCUGAAUGCGGUCGAACACCCCACUCAGUCCAAGAUCCUGGUCGACUCUACACCUAUCAACCCAUCUGAGCAACAACCAGCAGCACCUGCCCACGGACACGGACAUGAUGCAGCACCGAAGGGAGAAGCUACCUUCGUACAGAGGAUGUUACAAUACAUGCCCCUUCCCCAUCGAUCGUUCAUCUUACACUUAUCCACCCACCCUACGCCACUCAGACCCCUCGUCGUUCACUACGCCGCAUCUCAUCCGGCCCUGGCAGCUGCAUACGAUGGAGCUCUGGAAUCGCUAAGGAGGUUCAGGGAAAGACAUAUGAGGAUAGUCUCGUUGUUUGUCGUUCAACAAGCUAGGAGACAGCCGAGCGAGAGAGUAAGGAAGAUGAUGGGCUUAGAACCUCUAACUGGCGAGGUGGAAGCGCAGGUGAAAGAGGUGGACAUAAAUGAAAUUAGAGGUACGGGUGGAAGUGCACUUUUCAAAUUCUUGAAGAGAUGCAGAGAUAAUACGACGAAGGCUAUGGUUAGACCUAGUCAAGCGGGGUAUGAGCUGGAAUAG